GUCUACGCUCUAAUAAUAAUUAACAAAGCCGGUGGUCUCAUCUACCAGCGCGACUUCGCAGAUGGAUUGAACAAACUGAAUAUUAACGACUACCUGGUGCUAGCUGGGACAUUCCACGGAGUCCACGCAAUAACAACCCGUCUACACCCAUUGCACCCACCCCCCUCCCUGGACCCCUCCACACGCCCGGACCCGCCCUCGGGAAUCGAAGUCCUCGAGACCGAGAACUUCCGCCUACAAUGCUUCUCCACCCUCACCGGCACGAAAUUCCUGCUCUUUACAGAACCUCAGCAGCCGAAUGUGGAUAAGAUUAUGGGCAAGAUUUAUGAGUUGUAUGGGGACUAUGUAAUGAAGAAUCCGUUUUAUCAGCUGGAGAUGCCGGUGCGGUGUGAGGGGUGGGAGAGGAGAUUAGUUGGGUAUUUGAGGGUUUUGAACUCGAGGUGA